GGUCCUUGCUAUAUUUAAGAGAGAUUUUAUUAAUCUUCCUAGAAGCUAGUAUUUAGCCAACCAAUUCUCUACACAUCUCGCUUCCCUCUCAUGAAACAAUUUAUAAGGAUUAGGACUAAUCACUGACUUAAUCAAACAAAAAUCUCUUUUGAGGUUUAAUUGCACUAUUUUGAAUAAUGGGAGUGUCUUGGGGCUUCUUCGCCACCAACUUUAGCCGAGUAAACUUGUCUUGAAGUGCUCCAUGUCUCUACUUUUUGUCAACUUCUAUUUACUCAGUCACCACCUCUUGUAGUUUAUUACAUUUUCUAUACCUGUUUCUUUCAGAAGCAAUAAACUUUUCUUAGGCCGGUCAUUGGGUUGCUCUCAUUCUUCUUGUAUCUGUACCAUUGCUCUUGUUUUACUCUGUACCCCUGGACGGCCACUGCUAUUUUCUUCGCCCACCUGAGUAAACCCACUUCAGAUUCGAUCAGAUGAUCUUCUUUAACUCCGUUAGCAUUUACUGUACUCUCUGGAAUAUUAUUACAACAUGGUGGGUCUCCUUCUAACUGCUCUUUUACUGCACUUUCUUCCUCAAUUUUCUUGUCUAUCUCCUGAUGAAGCCUCCUUCAGUCUCUCCUACAAUGGAGGGAGGGUAAUGACUGAACCAGUGGCUGUCUCUCUUCUAUGGUUCGGUACUGGAUGGCAAGAGUCUGGUAGAGAAGCUAUUCGAAAUGCCAUAGCUUCUGUAACUGCCUCUGGAUACCCAAAUGAAGAUUCUGAGGUACCCACAUUAGGAAACUGGUGGGAGAUCAUUAGACAGUAUAAAGACGGUUCGGGUACUCCUGCAACAGGCAGAGUAGAUGUUGGUGCAGAAUGCUUCUACACCGGCCCCCAGCUCAACAUGACUCAAGACCAGGUACUUGGUAUCGGAAGGGCUGUUUUUAAUGAGACUGCAGUCAAUGGAUUUGGUGGGAACCUGAACUGUACUCGGGUUUUUGAAGUGAGCGAUAAGAGUAUUUAUCACAUCGUGUUUUCCCACACUGUCAUGUUCUUGGAUAGAAGGGAGCAGAGGGAACUAAUGGAUAGGUGCAGUGGGGAGUUGCAGGUAGAGGUGUCUGCAAGCAACAUGGUGAAAAUGGUAUGGGCGAGAGCCCCUCAAAACAUCAUUGAUCAGUGCUCAAUGUUUUUCCAUGGCAAGUCUUAUUUGGGUCCCCCAAAUGGGGAUGAAAAGAUAGAUAGCUUGGUAGGACAUAUGCUGGCCAACAUCGCUAAGGAGGUUACCAAUGGGGAUGGAAAAGGAUGGUUCAGUAACGAUGGAAGUGGAAUGACAGUCAGUACCGCUUGUGCUUUCAUGUUCAAACGAGAGGAAGAGGGUCCUCCUCUAUUCAUGAAUGAAGAGAAGACCCUAACUUUUAAUGCAGUUGGAGUCAAUGGUUAUAGAUAUAUGGUGCCAUACAUUUGGGACCAGAAAAUCAGAAACUGUGCCUUGAAACCCUCGGAGGUGUGUGGAAGUGAUGGUCUGAUGUUCAGAAAGCCAAAAGGGCAUUUGAAUGCAGGAGUGGUGGUAAAUCACACAAAUGGUUUGCAGCCUUACGCCCCAAAUCAGAAGUGUCAAUGGAAAAUCGAGUUUUCAUCUGCAAAGUUCAUCAGUUUCACCUUCAACUACCUCCUGGUUGCAGCAGGUAGUGAUGAUCAUAUCAUGAUCUGCCCCUCGGAUUCAAAACCCACAAGGUGCACUGUGUUUCAAACAGAUGAUGAACAGUCACUCACAGACUUCAGGAUCGUUGGUUCAAAAGCUUAUAUCGAGUUUGUGAGUGGCGAACAUGUAUCGUCAGAGUCGAGAGGAUGGGAGCUCAGAUAUUCUGCAGGUAUGCUAAACCCACAGAUCCUAUACCAAAUUUGUGAUUCUUAUUUUCUUUGUUUUAGGCAAAAAACUGAAAAUACACCCAAAAAAUUUCUAGGUCUCUGCGAUGGAAAGGAAGAUGUUUAUGAUCAUAAAGGUGUAAUCGGCUACACUUCAUCUACUGGCUUUUCCUACGUAGAAGGACUUCGUUGCCAAUGGGUUCUUCAUGGAAAACCAGGGACUCUUGUAUCAUUGAACUUUACCCGUAUCAACAUCUCAAAAGAUUUGGAUUUCCUUGCUAUACGUGAUGGCCUGACGCAGCAGAUUGCUAACUUCUCUGGGUUUUACUCAGGUUCUAGUCUCCCUCUAAUGAACUUGAUGGGUGAGAUUAUGGUUGCAUUUUCCAUCCAGACAGAUGCAGGAGCAGGUUGGUCAGCUGAUUUUUACAUAGCUUCACCUGCUGAUCGGAACAAAAGACCCUUGCUUGUCAUUGUUGCUGUUGUCCUGGUGGUUGUUGGAAUCGGCUUCUUGCUUGCUUUGGUAGGAUUAUGGUUACUUAGGAAAAGAAAGCAUACAAACAGGGCCGACUCAAAUGAGAACCUUAUAGUGAUAAGAGUAGCGGUUAAUGGGCAUCAGAAUCAAAUUGGGGAAGGGCCCUCUGCAACCGUUUACAGAGCAGAUUUAGCAGAUGGGAGUUCAGUAGCAGUCAAAUCUCUAAGAGAGGUGACUUCUCAAACAAAACUAGAAGAGGAGGUUUUGCUCAAAUCCUCUUGUCACCCCAACAUUAUUUCCCUAAUUGGGUAUGCUGAGGAUGGAGUUCAGAGACGAUAUUUGGUGUUUGAGUUCAUGGGGAGGGGAAGUUUGAACUGGAACUUAAGGGAAAGAGGAGAAACACUGCAGUGGGAGAAGAGGCUAACAAUAGCCUUACAAAUCUCCUCAGCAAUCCAAAUGCUGCACAUAUACUUGCAGCCACCUGUAUACCAUGGAAAUAUAAAAUCUGAAAACAUUCUUCUUGACGAGUUCUACAAUGCAAAAUUAGGAGGGUUCGGCACUGCAAACUAUUGCAAAAACGAUGGGAUAAAUCCGGAAAAACCAUCAGAAAUGGCAGAAGAUAUUUCGAGUUUCGGACUCAUGUUAGCUGAGCUGCUAAGAGGGGAGCCUCUGUUGAAUAGACAUGCUUCGGAAUUUUUCAGGAGUCUCAAAGAAUUUAAUGAGCUAGAUGGGGGCGGCCAAGAGUGCCUUGAUCCAAAGUUGGAUAUUCCCAAGGAAGAAUGCAAGAUAAUGAGUUUGGCCAAGUUGGGUGAAAUUGCAAAAUGGUGCAUUGGUGGAAGCCAGGAAGUUGGAGGAGAUCAAGCUACUCCCACUAUAGGUGAUGUUGUGUUGGGUUUGAAGCAGGUAAAGCAAUUGUUUUUCUCAGUCCCAAGCUAAGUAGGGAGAGAAGGAAAACUGGCGCAAAGCAGUGCCUCAAUAGAUCAUAAAUAUUAAGAGCCUUACGUUUAUGUAAUAUUUACUGUUCUAAGGCGCUUUCUUCUCAUAUACCUGUAUAUUUUCUAGUACAGUACCUCUUUUUUUCUUUCCUUUUCAA